UCUGAUGAAGCAACAUUGAAAUUUAGGAGACUUACCAAAAAGGAUCUCCAUUAACACCCUUUAAACAAGUAACAGAUCUUAUUUUCACACUUUGAACAGCAAACCCAUGUAAAAGAUCCAUCAGAAGUUUCAUAUAUUGUUUAGAUUGUUGGAUCCAUUGGGAAAAAUUCUAGCUUUGUUAAGGAAAUUGACUAGCAUGCUGAGCAAGGGAUCUAGUAACAGGCUAUCGAGUAUGGUGGUUAAGACCCCAAUUUCAUCUCUUUUGUUCUCCAUGUUUGCUACUUUAGCUUCCAUUUAUGUUGCCGGCAGAUUGUGGCAAGAUGCUCAGAACAGGGUUGGUAUGAUAAAAGAGCUUGAUAGAAUCACUGGGCAGGGGCAAUCUGCAAUAUCGGUGGAUGAUACUCUGAAAAUCAUAGCUUGCAGGGAGCAAAAAAAGAAGUUAACAGAACUUGAGAGGCAGUUGGCAACAGCUAAACAAGAGGGUUUUGUUUCAAAGAGUUCUAUAGAUACUGCUGAUAAUUGUAUAAAGAAGAGACCAUUAGUUGUCAUAGGAAUACUAACAAAGUUUGGCCGAAGAAAGAAUAGAGAUGCGAUUCGUAAAGCAUGGAUGGCAACCGGUACAGCUAUGAAAAAACUGGAGAAAGAGAAGGGGAUAAUUGCACGAUUUGUAAUUGGAAGAAGUGGCAAUCCUGGGAACAGUUUGGACAAGGAGAUAGACAGCGAGCAUAAACAGACCAAUGACUUCAUCAUCCUUGAAAACCAUGUGGAGGCACCUCAGGAUGUUCCGAAGAAGGCUAAAUUGUUCUUUGCUUACGCUGCAGAUAAGUGGGAUGCUGAUUUUUAUGCUAAAGUCAAUGAUGAUAUUUAUGUGAAUAUUGAUGCUUUGGGAGCUACACUUGCUACUUAUGUUGACAAGCCUCGUGCUUAUAUUGGGUGUAUGAAAUCUGGCGAAGUCUUCUCUGAGCAAGGCCAUAAAUGGUAUGAGCCAGAUUGGUGGAAGUUCGGUGAUAAGAAACUAUACUUCCGCCAUGCAUCAGGGGAAAUGUUUGUCAUAUCACAAGCUUUGGCUAAAUUUAUUUCCAUCAAUAGAUCUAUACUUCGCAGCUAUGCCCAUGAUGAUAUCAGUGCUGGAUCCUGGUUUCUUGGGCUUGAUGUCAAACACAUUGAUGAAUCAAAGUUUUGCUGCUCAUCUUGGUCAUCAGGAGCUAUUUGUGCCGGAGUUUGAUCUGAUUUCGGUUCUACCUCAGAAGCAAAUUUAGCACCUGGUACCUACUUAGUUUUAAGGAGAUUAUUUCAACUCUUAACAGGUUGCAAUCUGCUUGACAAAGAAAAAACUGCUGUUUGGACCUUGUACCUGUUGGAAGUUGAUUCGGUUUCCUUCUAAACACACAUUUACAUGGAGAGAAUAAACCAAAUAAUCAUUGAGUAGGUAACUUGGCGCAGAUCUUUCGAAAUAUGAAGAACUAUAGGGAUUAUUUUCUGGGAACUUGGUGUAUCUUCUGAUGUGGAUGGUUCAUUCUACAAAAUAUAGAAAUAUGAUUCUUUAAUGUGUUAUUGUUACAUUUAGAGAGAUUGAUGAUACCUACAUGUCGGUUGCUAGAUCAUUUCUUGCAUUAAAUGAUUUAAAUAUGGUUUAUCUUUUAA